AUUCUUCCAUCCAAUACAUAGGAAUUGCAGAAGCCUCUCUCUCUCUCUCUCUCUCUAAAAGAUUUUUUUCCUUAUGGCAGAUAAACAGCCUCAGUUGAACGGAGCAUUCUAUGGCCCCUCAAUUCCUCCGCCACGAAACAACCACCGCCGAGGCCGUGGAUGCGGCUGCUGCCUUCUGCGCCUGUUCCUCAAGAUCGUGCUUGCCCUCGUCAUCAUCGCUUGCAUUGCAAUCUUCGUCUUAUGGCUUAUAGUACGCCCAAACAGUGUCAAAUUCCAUGUGACCAGCGCCAGGCUCACUGAAUUAAACCUUACCUCAAACAACAAUCUCAAUUACAACCUUGCAGUCAAUAUCACUGUUCGGAACCCGAACAGGAAGAUGGGGUUUUACUAUGAUGUGAUCGAGGCUCGGGCUUUGUACGAGGACCAGAGGCUGAAGUCUAUUUACUUGCCUGAAUUCUUUAUAGGACGCAAGAGCACCAAAACCAUCAGUCCUGUUUUUCAAGGGCAGCAAGCUGUGUUCUUUGAUGCUGGUGAGACUGCAGAGUUCAAUAAAGAGACCAGUAAUGGGAUUUAUAGUUUUGAUGUGAAUUUGUAUAUGAAGAUUAGACUCAGAUUGGGAGAUUUCAUAACUGGGGAUUUCAAGCCCAAGGUUAGAUGUGAUUUUCAGGUUCCUUUGAACUCUGCUGAUGGAAGAUUGGCUGGUGGGGUUGAGUCUUCCAGGUGUGAUGUUAGUCUCUGAGCACUUCUCUUCUGUUGCAGUCCUAGGAUAUUUAUAUUCAUUUAUUCGUUUGUACAUCUAUAACUUUGAGAGAGUGAGAGACUAAUCUACAAUUUCCCAUCAAUAUAAGCUCUUACUCUCGAGCAAUAUUUUGCAAACCCAA